AUGUCCGAUUUUAUCCAAUCUGAGGCCGAGGAGAGCGAGGAUGAAGACUUGACAACUCAUGAGCGCAAAAAGCUCAAGAAAGUCAAGGCAAUGGAUAGUUCCGAGGAGGAAGACGAUGAUGAUGAUCGGCUCAGAGAAGACCUGAAAGAUUUAAUUGAUGAUAGACCGAUAGAAGAGAGCGACGGCGAAGAGUCGGACGGUUCCAACGGGGAAAAACGCAAGAAAUCCGACGACGAGGAGUUUGAUGACAGAUUGGAAGACGACGACUAUGAUUUGAUCGAGGAAAAUUUGGGUGUCAAAGUCGAAAGGAAGAAAUUCAAGCGUUUGAGGAGGAUACAAGAUGAGGAGAGUGAUAAUGAAGAAGAGCAAGGGGAAGGACAGGACCGAGACCAAAUAGCCCUAAAGUUGUUCGAUGAUGAUGACGAACCAUCUAAAAAGGAUGAUGAGCGUAGAUCGGAAAGAUCGCAUCGAACAACCGUGGAACCCGACCAGUUCGGGGAAGAAGAAGACGAGGGUGAAUACAGCGACGCCGACGACUUUAUCGUCGACGACGACGGAAGACCCAUAGCCGAAAAGAAGAAGAAGAAGAAGCCCAUAUUCAGCGACGCAGCCUUGCAAGAAGCCCAGGAAACGUUCGGAGUGGACUUCGACUACGACGAGUUCUCCAAAUACGAACAGGACGAGUACGAAGAUGAUGAAGACGAAGAAGACGACGAUUACGAGGAGGACGACGACGGCGAACGCAGACGACCUCCGAAGAAAGAAAGACGCAAAAAGCCCACGAAAAAAUCCAUAUUCGAAGUGUACGAACCCAGCGAGUUAAAAAGAGGUUUCUUCACCGAUUUGGACAACGAAAUUCGUAACAAGGACGUUCCCGAGCGCAUGCAGCUCCGCGACGUUCCCAUAACCCCGGUCGCGGACGAUUCCACCGAGCUGGACGACGAGGCCGAGUGGAUUUACAAACACGCAUUUUGCAAACCAAGUGUUUCCAAUAUGGAAGCGAAUUUGACGUCUGAACAGAGGGAAAAAUUGAAAAAGGGUCCGCAAACUGUGACGAAAAUUCGCAAAGCCCUGGAUUUUAUGCGAAAUCAGCAGUUGGAAGUUCCUUUUAUCGCUUUUUACAGAAAGGAAUACGUCCAACCCGAAUUGAACAUCAACGAUUUGUGGAAAGUUUAUAAAUUCGACUCCAAGUGGUGCCAACUGAAAUCUCGCAAGGAGAACCUGAUGAAACUGUUCGACAAAAUGCGCUCGUACCAGCUGGACGAGCUGAUGAAAAACCCGGACGCGCCCAUCCCCGACACGGUGCGCGUCAUGAAGGACAGCGACAUGGAGCGCCUCAAGAACGUUCAGUCGGCCGAGGAGCUGAACGACGUGCACAACCACUUCGCUCUGUACUACGCGGGAGAUCUGGCAGCUAUGCACGCGGCCUGGCGGCUCAAGGAGAAGGAGAGGCGGCGCCAGGAGCGCAACGAGGAGAGGAUGCGUCGAAUAGCUGAAAGCGAAGAUGGCGCCGACAUACCGGAAGAACCGGAAGAGGAAGUGGACGACGAGCCGGAAGAACACCUAAAGUACGCGAAUCGUUCGGGGUCUUACAAGUUGUGCAGCAGGGCCGGGCUGGACACGCUGGCCAAAAAAUUCGGGCUGACUCCCGAACAUUUUGCGGAAAACAUGCGCGACAACUAUCAGAGGCACGAGGUCGAGCAGGAGUUCACCGAACCGACGGAAGUGGCCAAAGAGUUUAUUUCCGCCAAAUUCUCGACCAUCGAAGAAGUAAUUCAGGCCGCAAAAUACAUGGUGGCCCUUCAAAUAGCCAGAGAGCCGUUGGUGCGCAAAUGCGUGCGCGAAGUUUUCUUCGAGCGCGCCAAAAUUUCCAUCAAACCCACCAAAAAAGGUCAAAAGGUCAUCGACGAGGCCCACAAUUGCUACAGUUUAAAAUACGUCAAAAACAAACCAGUUCGCGACCUAGCCGGCGACCAAUUCCUAAAACUCACAAUGGCAGAAGAGGAAAACCUUCUCACCAUUACGAUAAACGAAACCAUUGAAGGCAACACCAGCAACUCUUACAUAGACGAAGUUAAACAGCUUUACAUAAGAGACGAGUUCAGCAAGAACGUCCAGGAUUGGAACGCUCUGAGAGUCGAGUGCGUCGAAAGAGCCUUAACCAGGUGCAUCGUCCCGGACUUGAGGGUCGAACUGAAGAGGAUCUUGCUGGCGGAAGCCAAGGAGUUCGUGCUCAAGGCCUGCUGCAGGAAGUUGUACAACUACAUCAAGGUGUCUCCCUACGAGAUCGAGUUCCCGGACGAGGACGAGGACGAGUGGAACACGAACAAAGGCAUCCGAACGAUGGGAUUGGCCUACGUGCCCGACUACGGCCAAUCGGCGUUCGCGUGCAUCAGCUCCCCCGACGGCGAGAUCACGGACUACCUGCGCCUGCCGCACCUCCUCAAGCGCAAGAACAGCUACCGGCAGGAGGAGAAGAUGAUGAAGGAGGCGGAUCUGACCGCGAUGCGCAACUUCAUUUUCACGAAAAAACCGCACGUGAUUUGCGUUGGAGGGGAGAGCAGGGAGGCCUUGAUGAUCGCCGAGGAUUUACGCGGAGUUAUAUCCGAUUUAAUAGAGAGCGAGCAGUUUCCUUGCAUCAAGGUGGAAAUUAUUGAUAACGAGCUCGCCAAAGUCUACGCCAACUCAAACAAAGGUACAGCCGACUUUAGGGACUACCCUGAGUUGCUCAGACAGGCUAUAUCUUUAGCGAGGAAAAUGCAAGACCCUUUGAUCGAAUACUCUCAACUUUGCAACGGGGACGAGGAAAUUUUGUCGCUCAGGUUUCAUCCUUUGCAAGAACAAAUACCCAAGGAAGAGUUACUGGAAGCUCUGUGCUUGGAGUUCGUCAACAGAACCAACGAAGUCGGCGUCGACAUAAACUUGGCGGUGCAACAGAACCACAAAGUGAAUCUGGUGCAGUUCAUAUGCGGUUUGGGCCCGAGAAAGGGGCAAGCUCUGAUUCGCGUGCUGAAGCAGACGAAUCAGAGGCUGGAGAACCGAACGCAACUGGUGACGGCGUGCCACAUGGGCCCGAAAGUCUUCAUAAACUGUUCGGGGUUCAUAAAAAUCGACACCAACAGUCUGGGAGACUCCACCGAGGCGUACGUCGAGAUUCUGGACGGCAGCAGGGUGCACCCGGAGACUUACGAGUGGGCCCGCAAGAUGGCGGUGGACGCGUUGGAGUACGACGACGACGAGGGCGCCAAUCCGGCGGGGGCGCUCGAGGAGAUCCUCGAGGCGCCCGAGCGACUGAAAGAUUUGGAUCUUGACGCGUUCGCCGAAGAACUCGAAAGACAGGGCUUCGGAAACAAGAGUAUCACCCUGUACGAUAUAAGGGCGGAGUUGAAUUGUCGCUACAAGGAUUUGAGGGUGGCGUUUAGGAGCGCGAAUCCCGAAGAGAUGUUCGAUAUGCUGACCAAGGAAACGCCCGAGACGUUUUAUAUCGGCAAGAUGGUUACUGCUACUGUCAUAGGCAUCGCUCGCAGGAAACCUCAAGGCGAGCAACUCGACCAAGCCAAUCCGGUGCGUAACGACGAAACCGGACUUUGGCAGUGUCCUUUCUGCUUAACCAAGGAUUUCCCUGAGUUGUCCGACGUGUGGAACCACUUCGACGCCGGCUCGUGCCCGGGCCAAGCCACCGGAGUCAAGUUGAGACUCGACAACGGAAUCUCCGGCUACAUCUACAUCAAGAACAUCUCCGACAAGUCGGUGUCCAACCCCGAGGAGAGAGUCGGGGUCGGGCAGUUGAUUCACUGCAGAAUCACGAAAAUCGACGUGGAGAGAUUCUCCGUCGACUGCACCUCCAAAUCCUCGGAUUUGCUGGAUAAAAACCACGAAUGGAGGCCACCGAGAGAUCCCUAUUACGAUACGGAGCAAGAAGACAAGGAUACCAGGAGCGAGCAAGAGCAGAAGAAAAGCAAGCAAAGGCAGACCUACAUCAAAAGAAUUAUCGUUCAUCCCGCCUUCCAUAAUAUUUCCUACGCUGAAGCCGAGAAAUGCAUGGUCAACAUGGAUCAAGGCGAGGUGAUCGUCAGGCCGUCCUCCAAAGGCGCGAAUCACCUGACGAUAACGUGGAAAGUCGCUGAGAAAAUCUACCAGCACAUCGACAUCCGCGAGGAAGGAAAAGCGAACGCGUUCAGCCUCGGAAAAUCCCUCUGGAUCGGCAACGAGGAAUUCGAAGACUUGGACGAAAUAAUCGCGCGCCACGUCACGCCCAUGGCUUCUCACGCGCGCGACUUACUCUACUUUAAGUACUACAAAGACACCGAGGGCGGACACAAAGACAGAGCGGAAGAGUACAUCAAAGACGAGAAGAAGAAAAAUCCCACAAAGAUUCAUUACGUUAUUAGUGCGUCAAAGAGUUGUCCGGGCAGAUUCUUACUGUCAUAUUUACCUCGCAACAAAUUUCGCCACGAAUUCGUGACGGUAACGCCAGAGGGCUUCAGAUUCCGUCAGCAAAUGUUCGACAACGUCACAACGCUUUUCAAGUGGUUCAAGGAACACUUCAGGGACCCACCGCCGGGUGGAAUGACCCCUAGCACCCCCAGAGUCGCUACGGGUCGUACCCCGUAUCAAAGUACCGGAAUGACGCCCGGUGCAGGCUUUAACAACAUGAAUUCGGAGGCGAUUCAAAGGGUAGCUCAGAACCUACCGAGUCACAUGAUGCAAACUUUAUCAGCGGUGGCCAAUCAGACCCCUCACUAUCCUCCCCACACGCCAGGUGGCGCCUACGGUGCUGGAAACUAUAUUAAUACGCCGUACACGCCAAGCGGGCAAACGCCGUUCAUGACGCCCUACCAGACCCCGCACUCGCAGCAGACGCCCAGGUACGGCCAGCAGACGCCCUCGCAGCACCACCACGGCGCCUCGGGCGGCGGGGCGCCCGCCCAGGCGCAGCAAGUGCCCGCUCCCGCGCCGCACAUGAACGGCCCGUUCCUGCACCCGGGCGCCGUGACGCCCUCGCAGCGCACGCCCACCUACAGGGCGCUGCCGUCGCAGUCGCCCAUGAUUCAGCCCAGCCCAGCGCCCAGCUCCAGGUCCUACGACAGCGGGCAUCACCACAGCAGCAGCCGAGGCUACGGAGAUGGUUCCAGAGGUUAUCCUAGUGAGUCGCCAAGAGGUUACAGUAGCAGCAGAGGUUACGGUGAUCAAAGUAGCCAAAGAUAUAAUAACUCCAACAACACCGAGUCUAUGGACUGGCAAAAGGCUGCUGAAGCAUGGGCUGCAAGAUCUAAGUCGACACCGAGGAGCGACGGUCGCCAAACGCCGCGUUCUCAAGGUCAAAGAACACCGAGGUACGACGAUAUGCGGGGCGAAAUCGAGCGCCAUCGUAUGAAAAACAUGAGCAAAAGUCCAAGGUCGCAAAGGUCAACCCCAAGGACAAAUACGUCCCCUCAUUCUAUGUCGCUAGGAGACGCCACACCUUUAUACGACGAAAAUAUUUAA